AUGUUCCAUCAAAUACCAUGUCCCUAUCAAGGGUGUCUUCGCACCUUCGCUCUUCAAGGCCACUUAACAAAACAUACCAAUGCCGUGCAUCAAAAUGAGCACCGUAAUCUGCCAACACCGCCUAUCCAUACUAACUUCGACGAGCCAGGACCUUCAGUACUUCUUAUCACUCCAGAACUUGAAGACAUUGCGGUCGAUCCUGUCAACACGGAGAAGCACUAUCACCCUAUUUUAAGCGGUUGGAAGUGCGAUGCAAAUGGAAACAGAUUACCGCACGGUGCACCACCUGAGGGACCCCCUGUUAUCGAAAACGAAUGGGAACCGUUUGCCAAUGAAGCGGGCUUCCGGAUAGCUGAUUUACUCUACCGAAAGGUAGAGAUGUCUCAUGCUCGGGUUAACGAGUUGCUUGAUAUCUGGUUCCAUGAUGUCAGCACACGGUAUGGUGGAACCUCCGCUCCAUUCUCCUCUCAGCAACACCUCUAUGAGAUGAUAGACUCUAUCAAACAUGGGAGUGUGCCGUGGUGUUGCUUGGAGACUGAAGUUGAGCCGCCCGAGGAUACAACACCGGAGUACCUCAAAUCUUCUUACCAAGUUUGGUAUCGAGACCCUGAUACUGUUCUUUCCAAUAUUCUCUCUAACCAAGACUUUUCUGAUGAUUUUGAUACCGCACCCUAUGUCCAUGUCAAUAAAGACAGUAAAUGUUGCUGGAGUGACUUCAUGUCAGGAAAUUAUGCGUUUAAUCAUGCGGUGCAUUUUCUAUACCAAGAGUUCCAGAGUGCAGUCCUUAACAAAGUUGCUGUACUAGACGAACAUUUCUGA